CCAAGCGGCUAGGUCUCCCAAAUCCGUGGCCGCCUGAGCUCGGCAGCCAUGGCUUCCCACCCGCCGCCGCCGCCGGAGCAUCCUAUACCACCCGCUCCCACCACCAUAAGUGCCCUCGACGACGACCAGCUCCGAGAGAUCUUCCUCCGCCUCCCGGACCUCCCCAGCCUCGCCUCCGCCGCCUUCACCUGCCGCGCAUUCCUCGGCGCCGUCCGUUCGUCCCGCGCCUUCCGCGGCCGCUUCCGCGCGCCCCCGCUCCUCGUUGUCUUCUUGUCACCCUACAUGUACAAUGUAGUACCUACCUUCCCCCCCUCACGGCGCCCCACUGCCGCCAGAUUCAGUCCCUUCGGAGUCGGAGACUACGACGCUUCCGAGUGGGGGAUCGAUUUCUCCCAUCAUUCGCUUGAGUACGAUGAUGACGGCUACAUCCCCCUCCGAAACCGGAGCACCAAGCAGGAAGCUUACUACGACCCCCAAAAGAUGGCCCUGUUUCUCCACCCAAAGGGGCACCGUGACAUGCCGGACGACACUUCCCUCGAGUUCCACACACUCUUCCCCGGAGAGGGUCAGAGGCCGUCCGGUGUGGUCUGUGUCCGUCACGACUACUCAUGGGCUUGGGCACGCGUUGCUGUCUUCUCAUCGGACACCAUGGAGUGGCAGAUUUUUCCGGAAACUGCGACGCUGGUGCCUGAGGGCUUCAAGUUCACAACCCACACAACGGUGGGUGGGUUUAUCUGUUGGGAAUUCAAGGGGGCUAUCACAGAGUACAUUUUGGUGCUCAACACAGAUACCUUUCAGUUCUCUCGAAUGGAUCUGCCGGCGCCCUCGAGAGAGGCAGAUCCAAAAUUUAAGAUUGGUCAGACCAAUGAUGGGAGGCUCUGUUUCGUAAAUGAGAAGGAACACACGCUUUCUGUUUGGAUCUCGGCAGCCGGCGAUGAUGGCGUCGAGAGAUUUGUGCUGCACAAGAUGUUCCCGUUGCACGCUAGUUUUAUGGAGGUCACCAACUGUUCAGCGGAAGCUACAAUCUCGGUGCGACUUAUGGCAGUUUUCAAUGGUUUUGUAUACCUUUCUGUUUGCCCCUGGAAGAAUUUCAUGGAUCAGUUCAAAUCCCCUGAGUGGUUCAUGUCCUUCUCUCUGGAAACAGCGGAGCUGAACCAGCAUUUCAAGAGAAGAGAGCUACUUGGCUGCCCUAUCCAUCCCUACUUGGCGUGGCCUCCUUUGGUCAGCAUGGUGAGCCUAUUCUUCUGUGAGGAUUCAGAAUCUGAAGUUACUGGAGACAGGCUUGGAGAUGUUGGUCCUGAGAGCACAGAGAAGGCUUCAUCAGCCCUUAUAACAGCAUUACGAUCAUUCGAAGAAGCUUUGAUUAAGGACGGUGAAGUAAAUGUUGCAGAGAUAGAGGCCUUCCUACUUUGUAUUGACGUUGAUGAUGAGAACUCUCUGGUGAGGAGAAUCACUGCCUUGGAUGAAUUGUUAACAACUGUGAGAGAUCGUGUCUUGAGGGUGGCAGACCUUGACAAUGAAUUCUACGAACAAAAGACGGAGAGCUGGUGGCAGAUGUGCAAGGGGAAGCUAUGGAGAACUUUCUUCGGUAGGUGA